AUACGAAUUUUAUCUUCGAGUGCUGUAAGUAUCUCUCACUCGUUCGCUUCGCUCACUAGUAAGAGAUAUGUAAUAUCGUCUAUUCAUGAAUUAACAAGUGUUUAUAGCUUCCUAAUCCCACUCCAUUGGCUGGUUUUCGUCGAAGGUUCUUCUGACAUAUGUAACGAAUUUCUCUUUCACGAUUUAGUGUAGGCUACCAUUAAUCCUUUCCUCUAACUUAUUUUAAACUGUAACUUGUUUUAAAACGGACACCUUUGAUCAUACUUCAUUUUAAAAUCAAAAUUUAAUUCAUCCAGCGUCAGACACUGUUCCCCACCAGAAAUUUUACUCUAGUCUAUGAUGUUGAAGAUCAACAUUCGUCGAAAAUGGAAGAACAGAUCGAUUUUGUCACGCUGCAGAUCGCGUGCAAAGUGUCUGCCAUCCCCAGUGACCUUUCUGAUUUUUAAAUGUGAUGGACGCGAACAUUACUCUGAUCUCAUUAUAAAGAACCGAUGCGUUUUUUGAUUUAUGUGAAUUGCUUAGUGUAAUGUUACAGUUUUUUUUUCUAUUUUCAAUGAAUAGCAUCGCCAGCGGGCAAGAGAAAGCGAGUCUUGUUUCCUGAUUGUGUCCAACUUAGCAGUGUUUCAACAGUUUUAAUACACUCAAAUCCCUUAACCCGGCUCUUGACCAUAUGUCGUCGUCUAAGAGCUAAAGCGGGAACCAACACAAAUUGUAAUCAGUUGAAUGCGUCACGCGAGUUGCUGUCUCGCAGACGGGAGAGUAAAAUUACUGAGCUUUGCUUAUUCAAUUGAAAUUGCCGUUCCAUCCUACGCUAUCCGUCUCCCAUCAGCCAUCUUAGACUAACGUAGGGCGUUUUCAGGGGAAUUGAAAGGAUGUUUUCUCAUUCCCUAUUUGAUUUGUCUGAUCCUGGCUGGUGUUCCUGCUUUGGUUUUGGAAAUUAGUUUGGGACAGUACACAAGUCAAGGCGCCAUCACGGCAUGGAAAAUCUGUCCAAUUUUCCAGGGUUAGACAUAUGUUAUUUACCAGCCUGGAGGUCCGUAUUGGGAAAAACUGUAUCCGAGGUUUUUGAUAACGCACGCGGCCGUCAAGACAGAGGGCGCAAUUUUUCCCAAUACGGACCGACCUAGGCAGGUGAAUAACACUUUUAUUUUUCCUUAAACUUACCAAAAGAAACCAACUUGCAACUUUUAACGAGAAGAUAGUGGAGAAAAGAGGUAAUUCAAAAUAAAGAGAGUGACCUCUCCGAGACAUUUUUGUUAGCAUAAUGAUUAAGGUGAUUGCAAAGGCCUCCAGACGAAAAACUAGCCAAACACAACGGGAUUUAAUGCAACUUUUACGCCGUAGCGCCCAGAAAAACUAGCUAAACACAACGGGAUUUAAAGCAACUUUUACGCCGGAGCGCGCGGAAUGAGUCAAUCAGAUUCUAAUAGCUAGGAUCCCAGACCCCUGAAAUGGUUGGGGAGAAAAUAAAUUGGUAAUUCUCCACUUUUCUUCCGGCUUUCGAAUACUUUAAUUGAGCAGUCUCGCGGUGGAUCAAAAGAGUAUUAAGUCGAUUAGGCCGAUCAACGAAGUAUACACCUUUUCCCGGCACCUGGGCUACCAACUUAGUACAAAGCCUUUUGCUGGGAUUGAGAAAGUAAUUUGAUAAUUUUUUAUACCUCGUAAAAGGAAUUUGAUACCUAAUUGUGGCUUAUAGUGUGUGCCACAAUGUGUUCGAAGGCAAAUUGGGAGUUGCUCAGGUUUAGGGCCUUAAAAUAUUCUUCUUAGGCGUCAAGCUAGUUAACUUUCAUUGUAUUGCAGUUUACACGAGAGGAUUUAUUUGUCGUCAUCAACAUAGUUAGCGUUAUCAUCAUGAGUUGUCACAAAAUUUGCUGUCACUCUAGGUAUCGGCUACGCUGGGGUGCUGGUUAUGCAGUACGUUAACAUUUACUAUACCGUGAUCCUUGGCUGGGCAUUUUAUUACAUGUUUGCCUCGUUCCAAUCCACGCUACCGUGGUCACAUUGUGGAAAUAAAUGGAACACACCAAACUGUGUGGAGAGCGGUGAAAGAGUAAAUAUCUCUAAACAAAAUUGUUCGGCCAUAACCAGCGUUUCAGCAAGUCAGGAAUACUGGGACUACAGAGUUCUGCGACUUUCUGGCGGCUUGGAAGAAGCAGGUCAUGUGAACUGGGACCUAGCUUUGUGCCUGUUGUUGGCUUGGAUUGUUUGCUAUCUGUGUGUGUGCAAAGGUGUCAAGUCCAGUGGAAAGGUUGUGUAUUUCACUGCCACAGCUCCAUAUCUGCUGCUGACCGCAGUGUUAAUCCGUGGUGUCACUCUGCCAGGAGCUGCCGACGGAAUUAAGUUUUAUCUGACUCCUGAUCUGUCAAGACUUAGUGAUGGCCGGGUAUGGCUUGAUGCCGGCACCCAGGUGUUUUUCUCGUAUUCCAUUGGCAUGGGAACCAUGACGGCGCUUGGGAGCUAUAAUAAAUACAAGAACAACUUUUACAGGGACUCGAUUUUUUUCAGCUUCUUCAAUAGUGGAACCAGUUUUUAUGGCGGAUUUCUUAUCUUUUCAGUGCUGGGCUUUAUGGCCAAAAAUCAAGGAGUGCCCAUAGAGGACGUCGCUAAGCCAGGUCCUGGACUGGCUUUUAUAGUCUACCCUGAGGCUGUAGCUCAGAUGCCCUUAGCUCCUUUGUGGUCAGCUAUGUUUUUCUUCAUGAUCAUUUUGCUGGGCCUGGACAGUGAGUUUGUAGGUAUCGAGGGUUUUGUUACCGCCGUUGUGGAUUCGUAUCCUCAAUACCUAAGACGCGGCUACCGCAAGGAAAUUUUCACUGCUGUUGUGUGCGCGGUCUGGUUUCUCCUCGGCCUGACUAUGGUUACUGAGGGCGGAAUGUACGUUUUCCAGUUAUUUGAUCACUACUCUGGGAGCGGAUCUGUACUGUUGCUGGUGGUCAUCUGUGACUGUCUGGCCAUGGGAUGGUUGUAUGGUCGCAAUCGUUUCUAUGACAACAUGGAAAGCAUGCUGGGAUUUCAAAUCAAUCCAUGGAUCGGUUGGUGCUGGUGUUUUUUUGCGCCCAGUUUUUGUGCGUUCAUCUUUAUCUUUAACCUUGUUACGUACAAGCCCAUGAGUUACGGUCCGUACGUUUAUCCAGGCUGGGGCCAAGCUAUUGGUUGGUUGUUGACGGCAACCUCGCUAACCUGUAUACCGGCUGUGAUGAUAUACAAACUGAUAAAGACCACAGGAACGAUCAGAGAGCGUUUGAACAAGUUGAUUAUACCUGACAUUGAAGAGAAAAGGGAAGACGUUGAACUUGGAGAUCGUGAAGGAAAUCAGGCUGCUCUGUUGAAGAAAGACAACGAUAAAAACGAGCAGAAAGCGUGACUGAUGAAUAUUUCGAUACACUUUAUUCUUUGUUGGAAUAUUUGCAAAGUUAACGUCAGUUUAUUCUACUGUGUGUGAUAUCAUUUCCAGAUGCUAAAACAUGAACGGGUUAUAAUUAUGUAGCAUUGCAUUUUAGAUUUUGGACUCUAGUAUUAGACUUAAGAUUUUAGAUUUUUACUGUAGUUUAUUUCGGUAUGCCCAUUAGCUUAUACUAUAUAUGAGUACAUCGACAAUUAACCCUAUUACUGUUAAGAUCUCAUAAGCAAUUCUCCUUACUGUCUGCCAUAAAAUUCUUAUGAUGAUGAUUGGGAGAUUUUGGUCUUCGAUCAACUAAUAAUAAAUUCUUUAUUCUCAUCACUUGUCUACUUGACAUCAAAGCACAGCAAAGGGGCGAAGACGGGGGAAGGGGAUCCCGAAGCACAGCUAGGGAGCGAAGAGGGGGGGAUCCUGGAGUGAUAAUAGGCGGGGAUAGUUUUAAAAUUUUCUCUGGAGGGCAUCGUUGCUAAUAAUGUCUAGAAGUGUAGCUGAAGGCAUGUAAACCGGAAUGGGCUUAUUAGUUCGAGCUGGCCGGAGGUUUCAAUUAAUUGAAUUAAUUUUGACUGCUUACUCGUUAGAUCGCGGGUUUCUGUCACAGCUUUGUUUUCCAUUUAUGAAGUAAAUAUUUCAGUUCACUCUCGAGAAAGAUCACCCGCUGUUGCUUUACGUUUUCUGCAUACUGGUGCAAGGUGUUGUUGUUGACUUGCAUGACUAAAAUUGCGUAACGCUUGACUAUCGCACUUAGUCAUAGUUGUUUUUUUUAAAGUUUCUUUUUUAUCUCUCAGGUUCCAAAAUGCGAAGUUUUGAAUCGUGUAUCAGAUACCUGCACAAUAACAAGCAAAUUGAAAGAUGACAAAGUUACAGUGGGAAAGCUGCAGAUGCCGGCUAUUCACGAAGUGGUAUUUUACAUGACAAUCCUAAUCGAGAUAAACAAACAAUAUACAGCAAGCGAAAAGUGCUUUUGGAUACAAUAUAGGACAACAGUGACCUAUAAGUCAAAGUCCAUACUUGUGACACGGCCAGUUGAACUUAAUCAUGUGAGGAUCAAAGGUCCGCUAGUGGAAAACAAUAACUAUACACAUGUCAAAUAAUUACUUAAAAUAAGUGUAAACCUUUUCUCAAAGUUUCAAAGUAAAGUCCUUCAAUUACUGGCA